AUGGCGGCUGUGGCGGCGAUAGUGUCUGGGGCUUUGGGGGCCAUGCAGACAGGUCGUGCGCGCUUGGUCGCCUGUUGGUGUGCACAGCUUGGCCUGGGACUGGGAUUUUCGGCCUCGGCAACAAGCCUGCGGGCCGGACUGACGAUGUGGGCCAACGGCUGGGCACCCGUGGCCGGGUGCGCUGCCCCGAGGAGAGGUUACAGUUCUGAGGUGAAGGCAGAGGACGAGCUGCGGGUGCGGUACUUGGAGGAGGAAAAUAGAGGAAUUGUGGUGCUUGGAAUUAACAGAGCACAUGCCAAAAAUGCAAUCAGUAAAAAUCUUAUAAAAAUGCUAUCAAAAGCUGUGGAUGCUUUAAAAUCUGAUAAGAAAGUGCGGACCCUAAUAGUCAGGAGUGAAGUCCCAGGGAUAUUCUGUGCAGGUGCUGACCUUAAGGAAAGAGUCAAAAUGCAUUCCAGUGAAGUUGGGCCUUUUGUCUCCAAAGUAAGAGCAGUGAUUAAUGAGAUAGCUAACCUUCCAGUGCCAACUAUUGCAGCCAUAGAUGGACUCGCAUUAGGUGGUGGUCUUGAACUGGCUUUAGCAUGUGAUAUAAGAGUGGCAGUGUCUUCUGCAAAAAUGGGCCUGGUGGAAACAAAGCUAGCAAUUAUUCCUGGUGGAGGGGGUACACAGAGAUUGCCACGCACUGUCGGAAUGUCCCUGGCAAAGGAGCUCAUCUUUUCUGCACGUGUGCUAGAUGGCCAAGAAGCCAAAGCAAUAGGCUUGAUCAGCCAUGUCCUAGAACAGAACAAAGAGGGGGAUGCUGCCUAUAAAAAGGCCUUGGACCUUGCAAGAGAGUUUUUACCUCAGGGACCUCUUGCAAUGAGAGUAGCGAAACUAGCAAUUAAUCAAGGGAUGGAGGUUGAUUUAGUAACAGGAUUAGCAAUAGAAGAAGCUUGUUAUGCUCAGACCAUUCCAACAAAAGAUAGACUUGAAGGUCUUCUUGCUUUUAAAGAGAAAAGACCCCCUCGUUACAAAGGAGAAUAG